AUGAAACGGAAGCAGAGUUUCCUGGAUAAGUACCUUGAAUGCAAUAGUCUUCCAUCUGUGCCAACCCAUAUUUCUGGUGAGAUUAAACAACUUAAUCUCCUGGUCCCGAGGCAAGCCAGAGGCACCACAAGAGCAGAGAUCGAGGCCAAGUGGAAGAGCAGUGAGUCCUAUGCUAAGGUUUUGUCUGCACUCUCUGACGUAGAGAUCAAGCGCCGGAGGACCGAUGCAGUUUUCGCGGCUGGCCUUCAUCGCUUCGGCGAUCCUGAGGAGGAAGAGAUCUAUGACUUUCACGAACAUUUUGCAGGUAUGCACAAGCUCACCAAUGUGGUGCGGUCCUACGGGUUUCGUGCGAGGAUGUUCGAUGUCCCGUGCCCAGUCCUGUACUCGAAACGAAUGGAUAUUCUCACUUCCUUCGGCUUCCUCCUAGCCAUGAAUGCUGCCUGA